AUGUCUGGUCCUUUAGAGCCGCCUGCCAAGAGUCCCAGCGGCUUCCGCAGGGCGGGCAAGGCCCCGCGCGAGGGCCAAGAGCAGGCCUUCGCCACGUCCCCUUCGCCUUGGGGGGGUGGGCUCGAGGAGCCGACCUGUAAGCGGAGGCGCUGGAAUGAAUGGAGGCCCCGUUUCCCGCUGGGCGCGGCCCGCUCCCUUCCCUGGAAGGCCGGCCCUUCCCUUCCCGCCUCGCCCCCAGGCCGGCCACAGAGCUGCGUCUGGCCGUCGGGAGUUCCCGCUGGGCGGAGCCGGCGCGCCCUGACUUCGGGCCGGGCUCUGUGGAGCAGCAUGGCCGCGGGCUCGUGGCCCGCCAGCCCCGCGGAAGGGCCCUUCAGCUGCCCCAUCUGCCUGGACGCGCUGCGGGAGCCGGUGACCAUCCCGUGCGGCCACAACUUCUGCCUGGGCUGCAUCGGCGCGCACCGACACCGCCCGGCGUCGGGGGGCCAGAGCGGCGCCAGGUGCCCGCUGUGCCAGGAGCCCUUCCCGGCCGACCUGCAGCUGCGCAAGAACCACACCCUGGCCGAGCUGCUGCAGCUGCGCCAGCCGGCGGCCAUGCGCCCCGAGGAGGCGGCUCCGGCGGAGGGCCCGGCGGCUGAACCCUCGGCGGUGCUGUGCGACUUCUGCACGGGAGAGGAGCGCGCGGCGGCGGCGCAGUCGUGCCUCGUGUGCCUGGCGUCCUUCUGCGCGCCCCACCUGCAGCCGCAUCUCAAGAGCCCCGCGUUCCGGGGCCACCGGCUGGUGCCGCCCUUGCGCCGCAUCGAGGAGAGCCUCUGCAAGCUGCACCUCAAGCCCUUGGAGAGCUUCUGCCGGACGGAUCGGAGCUGCGUCUGCCGCCUGUGCGGGGCCCAGGAGCACCGCGGCCACGAGGUGGUGGCCGUCGAGGUGGAGCGCGAGCACGUGCAGGCCCAGCGGCCAAAAAUUCUGAGUAAUGUUGAGAAUCAGAUGGAAGAACUCGGAGUCGCCAUUGCACAAACAAAGAGGACAGUAGAACUCAUCAAAGGCACUGCUCAGAAAGAGAAAGAGAAGGUCAGCAAACAGUUUACUGAGACAGCCAGAGUCCUUGCAGUCUUCCAGAAGGAAGUCCUUGGGUUCAUUGAGGAUGGUGAAAGAGCUAUGCUGGACGAAGCAAAGGAGGAACUGCGGCAGAAGGAAGAGAAGCAGGCCAGGCUGAUUGAGUACAAGCAGAACUUGGAAACGGUCCCAAGCACUGAUACCAUCUCUUUCCUGCAGGAGUUCCAGGCGCUGAAAAUAGCAGCGGAGGAAAAAAUCUUCCCAUCGACAAGCUUCCCCAAAGAGCUGAGCUUUAUCAAAUCCAGCCAGGCCGUGUCUGCCAUGAGAGAGCAGCUAGUGAACAUUUGCAAGAACCAGUGGGAUCAGCUGUCAGGGAAGGGAGAUGAAGUGCCUGUCUUUUAUGGGAUGCCAGAAGUGACUGCUGAAUCCCAGAUUUCAGAAAAAAGCAACAGUCCCGCUUGUUUGGAAUCACGAGACUAUUUCCUCAAAUUUGCAUUCAUCAUAGAUCUGGACAGUGAUACAGCGGAUAAAUUCCUUCAACUUUUUGGAACAAAGGGUGCAAAGCGUGUGCUGAAUCCCAUUGCCUACCCUGAGAGCCCAACAAGGUUCAUCAACUGUGAACAGGUGCUGGGUGAGAAUGUAAUGAAUCGUGGCAACUAUUACUGGGAAGUGGAGAUCAUUGACGGCUGGGUGAGCAUUGGUAUCAUCACAGAAGAUUUCAGCCCUCGGGAGUCGUAUGACAGGGGCCGCUUGGGUAGGAAUGAAAAGUCCUGCUGUCUACAGUGGAAUGGACAGAACUACAUUGCCUGGUUUGGUGGUUUUGAUAGCGUGAUACAACAGCCUUUCUUUCAUACCAUUGGGGUGUACUUGGAGUAUUCAGAGAAAGCCCUGACGUUCUAUGGAGUCAAAGAUUCCAAGACAACAUGCCUGCAGCAGUUCAAAGUCGCCCGCUUCAAAAAGGGCCAUUUUGAUGCCUUUCAGAAUAAGAUCAACCACCAGUUUCCAUCGCUGUUUACACACAACCUCAAACCAGCUUUUUUCCUCGAAAGUGUCGAUGCCCACAUGCAGCUCGGGCCUUUAAAGAAAGACUGCGUUUCCGUGCUGAAGCGAAGGUAACUCGCUCAUAGCGAAGUAAAGGCUUCGUCAGAGAAUGUUAAAAUUAAACCCCUCACCUUCAUGAGUUAGGAUGGUUAUCAUUCUUACAGCAGCGCUACCUUUGAGUAACUUGAUGAUUUUUUUUUUUUAAUGGGCAUUUUCUGCGAUGGCGUCUUUUGGCCGUCUCUUGGUCUUUAGCCGUGGAUUUAUAAUAGUAAGGCUCUUUCAGUAAUGAAUGCCACUCAGAUAUCCCAUUAUUGCAGAAAAUAUAGAUUUCUAGCAUAA